CAUAUUAAGCCGCAAGAAGUUUCUGGAGACAGCAAAUUAAGCAGCUCAAACGGAGAAGAGAACAGAGGAGAAGACCGACGAGGUUCGCCAUGGCUCUGUUCAUGAACUUGGCCACAUCUGUGGAGUUCGAUCACUACAAAAGGGAAGCUCUGCGCAUGAACACUCCGACCAUUUCUAUCAAGAACAACAGCUCGCCAUUAGCAUGCUUCGGCUUCAAUCGUCACCCCACCAGCUCAAUCCAAAGGUACGAUGCUCCUGGAGCUUACACAUAUAUGGUGAAAUUGCCAACGUUGUAUCCGGAUGAUAAGCUAUGGGUCGAGCUGGAGAUGACCUUGGGGCUGCCAGCCGUGAGGCCGAAAUUGACCGUCGUAUGUAGCACGCUCAAUAUAUUUGUUCAAAGUUUUGAGAUUGAGAUGCCAAAAGAUGCAAGACCAUCACUUCGCGACAUCACUUUUGGCUUGACCGAAGACAACACGUUCAUAAUGGUGGUGCCUAGGCAGCAAAAGUGGUUGUUGUUCCGCCGGGGCAUUAAGAGGAUGAAGAAGAUGAUUUCGAAAUAAGGCUGAUGCUACAGAUUGAAGCAAGCACCAUACCUUUUCUUUUUUUUUGGUACAAGUUGCAGCCUGCAGGGUAUUGAAAAUGUUCAUUCAAAUUCUGCAGAAGAAAUGUCAAAGUCAACUUCACGACGAUUAUCCAUCCCAAUAAUUAUCUUUCUAUAUAUAAACAGUCCUUGAUGCUUGAUCAUUUCAGAAUUAUUUUCUUUUUCU